AUGGUGCACGCCGUUCUCCCCCAGACGCCGCUGUCGCCGCGGGCUGCGGCCGCAAGGCCGACAUACACCCACCGUGAAUCCGGAAAUGUCCCCAUGUCCUCGACCUCCCACCCUGAUAACCCCGUGCCGGAAGAACCUCGAGUGCGCUCCCUGUCCGUUACAAACAAGAGCUUCGGCGGCUCUUCGGUCUCUUCACAAGAAACAGAGAACACAGAUUCAGAGUCACCGUCAACACCACCCACAGAACAAUCAGAUGAAGAGUUUGCGGAGAAACAACCCAAGGAUGAUGCUGGACGUCAACGGCGGGCUUCCACUGUUCUGAUCUCGCAGGGUCCCGAUGACAUGCGGCGGAUCUUAGAAAAUGUUGGAACAGGGGGGACACAGAAACUCCAGCCCAUGUGCUGUGGUGGCGGUUGCUGCCGUCUUCAACCGCUGAACCGAGCUCCCGGGCCUGUUUCGGUGAUCAACCCCGUCACACCACCAGAUAACAAGGCGUACCAGAGUCUAAAGCUUAACGUCGACCUCCUUACGCUCGACAGCGAGCUCACCAACAUCGCUCCUCUGCCAGAGAAGAAGGUAUCAUUCUCGGCAGUCCCACCUUCUGCUGUGAAUAUGAACCUUGGGCCCGCGGAUCAUCCACCUCCUUUUGUGCAACCUCACCCUCCGUACAAUGUGUACCGAGCCCCUGUUUACCACGCACGAGAACUCACGAGCGCUGGCGCUGAGAAGCGGACAUACCAUUUCGAUAUAGACGUAACUGAUUAUCCGGCCGAGAGUGGAAUGGUCGACUUCGUUGUAGGUGGUGCCAUCGGAGUUUGCCCGAUGAACAAGGAGGAGGAAGUUGAGGAUAUUUUCAACCAACUUGGUAUUCCCAAGUCUAUUCGGGACAAGAAGGUCACUGUCCGGACUACCCACGGCAGGUGGCCAACGAUCUGGGGUAAAGAGGAAGCGCGCGAGUUGAUCACUACCCGACGCGAGCUCCUGAAAUGGUGCUCCGACAUUCAGAGCUAUGCCCCGACCAAGGGCCUCUUCCGGCUGCUCGCCGAGUAUGCCAGCGACCCGAGCGAAAAGAAGAUUCUUUUGUUCCUCGCAUCAGCUCAAGGCCAAGGCGCCUUCUGCGAUCUCCGCACCAGUUCACACAUCACCGUCUCUCAACUGCUCCACGCAUUCCCCUCAUCACAUCCCCCGCUCGACCACCUCCUAUCCACCCUCAACCAACUGAUGCCACGAUUCUACUCUCUUUCGCAAGACCCUCUUAUCUCCCGCAAACGCAAAGGUGAUCAGUACCGCCGUCUAGUUGAAAUCGCCGUCACAGUCGCCGAAUCAGAAGACUGGAAGGGCGGUAGUAGAACAGGCGUGGGCUCGGGUUUUAUGGAACGUCUCGCAAGGCAGGCCGUCGAAGCUCAAGCGCAAGGUCGUGAACCAGGCGAUCUCGAUCUGCACGUUCCCAUGUUCCGCGGCCUUAUGGCCAACCCUCUCGCUAAGCGCUUUGCUUCAGACGGACCUAUGCUCCUCAUCGGUGCUGGUGUUGGAAUCGCGCCUUUCCGCGGCUUUGUCCAGCGUCGCUUGCAGUCAGCGAACUGCGCGAACAAAGUCUGGGUGUUGCAGGGGGUUCGCGAUUCUCUGCUCGACGAGCUUUACCGCGGCGAGUGGGGUGUCGAGGAGGACAAAGUGCGCAAGGUUGUGCAGAGUCGGCGGGGCGAGAGCAAGUACGUCCAGGAAGAAGUCCGCAAUCAAGCAGACCUUGUUUGGUUCGUGAUCAACUCGCUCGACGGCCGAGUCUUCGUCUGCGGAAGCGGCAAAGGUAUGGGCGAGGGCGUUGAGGCUGCACUAGUUGAUGUUGCCAUGGCAAAGGGAAAUCUGAAUAGGGAAGAGGCGGAGCUUUUCUGGGAAAAUAAGAAGGAGGCAGGGCAAUAUAUAGCGGAGACGUGGUGAGACAUAUGUAAGAUAGACUCGGACUCGGGUUCGGACUCGGAGAUACUAGAGCGAUCUGCGUGACUUAUCCCGAGUUCCUGGAGAACUCGGAGAAAAGAGGCCCUUCUACUUUAGCGCUGUUCUUUAUCACUGCUGUCGCGGUAGAUGGUUGUUAAACCAGGAUAGGUAUAUUGGAUUCAACUAGGAGUAUGUAUGAUUUAUAAUCAAGUUUAUAUCAUUCAC